CAGCAAUUACAACCUUCUGAAGGAAUUUUCAACUUGUACUUUGACAGCGCCAGUCAGUUUCGAUUGCUUUUUCCAUAAGCUUUCAGCGUUUUUAGUUCGACACCACGGAACGAUUCUCCACACAGUCAAUAACAAUUUCAACCAAGAAAAAAAAAUACUUUCAUUUCAUUUAACGAGCUUCCUUUUUCAUUCACCACGCAACGCACUCUCAUUCAAGUCGAACGGACACGGAUUCAUUUCCUAAAGUGUUAAAAAAAGAGUAAAAAAUUCUUUUUUGAAUCAGUUUAAACGUGAAUAAACGCCAAGGGCGAAUAUCUCAUCAUCAUCAUCACUUUGAAUCUAAUUGGAUAAGAAAAAAAACAUUAAUUGACAGGAUAACGAAGAAUUUUAAAGCAGUACACAGCAUCACAACAGUAAUAGUAAACGACAAGCAUGUUUUCUGGAUUAACGAAUCAAGUGAGUUCAUGGAUGGGUGCCGUGAAAGGUGAAAACGAAGGUGGAGAUCCAGCUGCACAAGAGAAUGUCGACCCGGUGCAAAGUGAAAUCGCCGCCGAUGCUGGCGAACAUUCAUUCGAAAAUGUUCCUGUUGGUGAAGAAGGUGAAGCCGCAGCAAUCAGCCCAACCAAAGCUGGCGUAUUUUCAAAUGUACAAUCGAAAGUGAGCGGUUGGUUGCCCGCAAUGCCCACGAUGUCUAUGCCUGCAAUGCCAAACGUAACACUUCCAACUGUUGGUUUGCCAAAUAUGCCAAACAUUCCCGGUUUGAAAAAGAAUAGCACAAGUGCUGAUGCCGAGGGGGCGGUUGAGGCCGCUGAAAAUGUUGAAAACGCAACUGGUGCUGGUGAUGAUGAUGAGGAUCGAUCUAGGUAUAUCAGUGCUACCGAAGGCGCAGAUUCUCGUCCAGCGAGCGGCCCAGGAACACCAACCGAUGAGAAGGGCGGACAAGUUGGCAUCGUCACAACGAAAGUUACACAAGGCGCAAAGAACUUUGGAUCGUUCUUGUACUCGGCUGUUAACAAAGCGAGCUCUAAAAUCAAGGAAACAGUUAAAGAUAAUAACAUACUCGGCGAAUUCAACAAGGAACAAGAAGAAUUCAUUAAGAGUCAACAAGGCGGCAUUCAAAGCGGAGUCGUUCCUUGGGCUGGACAUCAAAAUGAGGAAAAAGUCAAAGAAGAAAUUUUUGGAUUAUCAUCGGACCGUCGGAAUUUCGUUCGUGCACCACCAUCUGGAGUAGAUUUUGAAUUCAAUUACGAUUUGUCAUAUCCAACAGCCGUUGCCAUUAUGGCCGAAGACACGCAAUUAGAGAAAAUGCGCUUUGAUUUGGUACCGAAAAUUAUCACCGAAGAACAAUUUUGGCGAAAUUACUUUUAUCGUGUAUCACUAAUUUGUCAAGCAUCCGAUCUGGGAACAUUAGGCGCACAAGGAAGUGAAAAUGAAGCAAAUAAAUCUGAAGAGAAUAGUGCAAAACCUUUAAAUAAGCAAUCAAAAAGCGCUGUAGAAAGUGAAUUCGUAUCUGAUGCAUUCCAAACCACUGACAAGGACUUGGACGAAGUCAAAGCUGGCAUGAAACUUUUGGGAAUCGAUUCGUUAACAAAUCAAUCAAACAAAAAUGAUGAGGAACAAUGGGAAAAAGAGUUGGACAAUGAAUUGCAGGAAUUUGAAUUGGUUGACAAUGGUGGGGCAUCUAAUGCCGACGAUGCAAACCAAGGCGAUGACUGGGAAAAAGACGCUGACGGAUUACUCGACGAUGAAGACGAAGAAGAUCUUAAAUAAAAAAAAACAUUGAAUUAAAAAAUCCUCGUCUUUUGUUUAAGUAACGUUUAUUUUAAAAUAAAUUGUUCGCAUUAUAUUUGUAGGUUUCGACGGAAUUUUGCAAAAUUAGUGGACUUUUUUCUCUUUAUGUAUAUUAUGUAUAUCUCUGUUAGCGAUUUUAAUUUUGAAAUUUUAAACAAUUUGUUCUUUGAGGCCAUUUUAUUUAUGUAGCAACGUUUAAUGAUCGAAAUCUUCACCGAAAAUCCAUGCAAAUUCACUUCAUUUGAAAUGUGUAACAAGCGGAUGACGAAGAUCGAGAGAGUGAGAAUGAAUGAAAUCAAUCAAGAAUAUACAUAGAGUAACAAACAAAUAAAUUUCAAACUAAAAUUGUACUUAUUUGUGACUAAGAAAAAAAAAAAUAAAAUUUUGAAUUCAAAACCAAAAUAUGCAACAGUCGAGUCCAACCGACAGCGCAUAAGUGACAAAUUAUAUUGUAAUUAUAAAAGGAAAUUCAAUAAAAAUCAAUAAACAAAAGCAUUAUUUGCGGUAAAUAUCCAA